GCUGGCUUCGGAGCGCCACCCGGGAGCAUGCGCCGAACAAUCCGACGGCCCACGCCAAGGCCUACGCCCCGCACCGGGACGCGCGCGACCCCGACGACGACCCGCCGCCGUCGUACACGUGGAGCGAGAGUCGUCCGCGCCUCGGGCCCCGCCGCGCCUGGGGAGCACCCCUCGGGGUCCCCGUCCCCGCCGCCCCCGGGUGGCCGGCGCCGCUGCCCCCUGCCGCCCCCUGGACUAUGAGCCCGCCCCAACGCAGGGCGUCGCAGGACUACGACCACGCCGGGGCCGCCGCGGGCGCUGUCCCCAGCCAGGACCCCGCCGUCGCCGCCGACGUACCGGUCCCGGAGACUAGCGUGGACGCGGAGCACCCCGGUCAGGACCCGGGCCAACAGGGGCCAUCCCUCGACAGUGCACACGAUGACACCCCUCCCGACGCCGCGCCGAGGAAGCGCCAGGGCGGCGUCGACCUCCCGGGGCCGCAUGGACCGUCUGGAUCUCCAGGAAGAGCCCCCGGCAGGACACCGGGCAGGGAGAACUGGAGGCUGAGGGAUGACCCCACCAUUGGACACGUCUGGCCCAGCGAUUGGGGAAUGUACAAUGAGCACCACGAGCGCGACAGCCUGAACGGGGCCGGCUCGUCCGCUGCGGAGUCCCCCACGGGGCUCGGGGGCCUGGGCGGGCUCGGGGCGCUGGGCGGCCUCGGCGGCCUGGGCGGGCUCCAGGACAAGGGCGGCGUGCACGGCGGCCGCUGCGGACGCCUGCGCGGGGGCCGCACCUUCCUCAACCUGCUGUCCGGCGGGCGCGCCAAUGUGUCAGCCGACAUGCUGGAGCACACGGAGCCGUUCUGUCACCUGUGGGUGACGCUGAGCUCUCUCUAUGGCAAGCUCGUCAUCGUGUUCAUGCUGGCCUUCUGCCUCACGGAGGUUAUGGACAACCCCGUGAGGCUGCUGAGCCUGCAGGGAGUAUUCCUAAUGUACCUGUACGUGGGGAGCAUCGCGGUCAUCAUCUGCAUCUACAUCUGGGUGCUGAUGGACUCGUGCGCCUCCCUGCACCACGGCGACCCGCGCCGCCCGUCCGCCCUGGACCCCGAGUGCGGCCACGCCAUGUCGCGCUUCGGCUCCCUCAAGCGCGCCCACAUCUCCAGGGACAAGACGUCCGGGACGAGCUUCUACCUCCGGGUGGGCGCCCUAGCAUUCGGCUUGGGCACCCUCGUGUUUAACGGCCUAGAGAUGGCUAUGCAUUCCAUGAUGGAGGGCUCCUGCCUCAACGACGUCGUCUUCGUGCAUCCCGUUCUCCACGGCCUAUUCACCUUCUUGCAGAUGCACUUCCUGUUCGUCAACUCGCAGGUGCUGGUCGAGCGGUUCGGGCUGGCGGCGCGCUUCGGCUUCAUGCACUUGGCGGCCACCAACCUGGCGCUGUGGAUCCGCCUGGUGGUGUGGGAGUCCGGCAACGAGUGGACGUACUUCGUGUACCUGGCGCAGAGCGACGGCUACUCGUACUCGUACGACGGCCGCGCCGACCACGUGCCCACGCCGCUGCAGCUCCGCGGCUUCCCGCGCUCCGUCACGGACACCAUGGCGCAGGCGGCGCAGGCCCUCACGGCGCCGCGCUCGCGCCGCGACCUGGGCCUCGGCAACGGCACAUUCCGGUCGCACUACCAGCCCGUGUCGGACAGCCACAUCUCGCAGGUGGUGUCGCUGCACCAGUGCCUCAACACCAACUCGCUGGGGCAGCUGUGGACGUCGUCCAUGCCCUUCCUGUACCCGUUCAUCAUCCAGUUCAGCCUGAUCGCCGCCGCCGUCACGUUCGUCAUGGGGCAACAGGUGGGGCGCGACCGCCUGCCCGCCGUCAAGCACCGCAAGGGCUCAUCUGGCGGCGUCCUCGGCGGCAAGGCCUGCGGGGUGCGCGGCGCCAUGCACGCCGCCGCCCUGGACUGCGCGGGCGCCUCCAAGGGGCUGUUCCUCGGCCUCCUUUGCCUCGUAGCGGGCAUCGUCGUCAUAAUCAUCUUCCUUGUCGUCAAGGAGGAUACGGACUUUCCCGCCGAAACUGUGUUCUGGCUUACCACCGGAGCACUAGCCACAGUGUUGACGCUGAGCAUCCUCAUGACGGCCAUCGGGCUGGUGCAGGUGCGCAAGCUGUCGCACUCGGGCAGAGAACCGUCCGCCCUGGAUCGCCUGUUGUCCUCCGCGACCGUGGCGGGCGUGCAGUUGUACACCGUCUUCGGCAUCGUGGUGGGCGCGGCUGGCGUGGGGCUCGUCCCGGACAUCCUCAAGCCCGCGACGGCCUUCCCGGAUGGCGCCAGCGUUGCAGCGCCGCCGGACGACGACGGCGUCCUGACGCUGUGGCCGCCGAUGACGCCGGACCAGCGGCGGCACGCCAUGCUUCUGGCGGUGAGCGCGCUGCAGAUGGUGCAGGCCUCCAUGCAGAGCACCAUGCUGGCCGAGGCGCUGCGGAGGACGUCCAUCACGAGGCACCAGGCCGAGUCCCGGCCGGCGCGCCAGGUCGUCACCUUCCUGCUCUGCACCAACGCCGUGCUCUGGGCCUACGACACGUUCGUCACGCAGAGCUGGCUGAGCCAAGAGCUGCAACUGCGCUUCUACGGCGUGCUGGCCUGGGGGGUGGUGUCGCGCGUGGGGCUGCCCCUGCUCGUGUUCUACCGCUUCCACUCGUGCGUGCUGCUGCUGGACGUGUGGCGCCGCUGCUACCAGGCGCCACCGCGCCUGCAGGACCUGCUCGACCCGGGAAACUGACGGUGGUGGCCGUGGGGAAACCGAGUCCGCCCGACAUCGACCGCCGCCCCCGGCCCGAGUGGCGGCCCCCGCGCCAAGCGCAUCGACAGCGACGCCGCCGACGCCACUCUGCCCCGUCCACGCCGUCCCCCGGGCCUGCUGCG